ACAUGCACUAGUGGUCAAAAUAGUGGACAGUUUUGUUUUAUGCAUACUUCCUGAAAAUCAACCAGCAAAUGUGAGUUACAAUUACAACGUCAUUGACGGUGUUAAUAAGACUUGGUGUUUAGAGGACAUUGCACCUACCCUAAACUACGUGUAAUAAGUCAUUUUCAAUUUGAAUCAACACGUACAUAAUUUCAUUUGUUUUAAUUUUUUUUUUUAGUUUCAAUUUAAGAAGUACAGUAGUUGAAUUUGAAUCUCUACGCCAUGAGUUUUUGAUAUCGCCCUCUUUUGGUCACUGCUGUUUCUGUUUCUGUGGUGCGCAGGUAAAGUCACCACAGUGCCCUGACUUCCUUCAUAGAUGGAAGUCAUACGUCGGGUGUCAAACAUCCAGGCUUGGACCUGGACACUGUUUAUUAAUAGACGCGUAGUGACCUCACGUCUUCCUUGCAGUUUUUUAAGCUCAGCCCCAGUUUGGUUAGGAAGAGACGGAUCUUUCCCUCUGCAGUGGAAGCCUGCAUCUCAACUGAAGACACCUAAAUGCACGGCCAGGCUCAAUUUCUUUAAAUCGGCUGUGACCAUGGCAACAGGAGGUGAGGACAAAGGGCCCCCAGGAUUCCCUCAGCACACAAACCGGCUGAGCAUGGAGAAGUCCCCCUAUCUGCUGCAGCAUGCACACAACCCCGUGGACUGGUUUCCGUGGGGUCAAGAGGCGUUUGAGAAAGCAAAGAGAGAAGACAAGCCCAUAUUCUUGUCAGUGGGCUACUCAACUUGUCACUGGUGCCACGUGAUGGAGCGCGAGUCUUUUGAGGAUGCACAAAUCGGCAAGGUUCUCAGUGACAACUUCGUGUGCAUCAAGGUAGACAGGGAGGAGCGGCCAGACGUGGACAAAGUUUACAUGACUUUUGUGCAGCAAUUUAGUGGUGGUGGUGGCUGGCCAAUGAGUGUAUGGCUAACCCCUGACCUUCGACCUUUCAUUGGCGGCACAUACUUCCCUCCAAAGGACAGCUUGUAUAGGCCCGGCUUCAAAACAGUUCUGCUCCGCAUCGCAGAGCAGUGGAAGAACAACAGGGAUGUGCUGGUAACCAAAAGUGAGCGGAUCUUGGAAGCACUUCGGAGAGGAACAGCUAUUACUGCCAAGGCAGGACAGAUGCCCCCCUCUUGCCCAGAUGUGAUGGAGAAAUGCUUUCAACAGCUGGCCAGCUCAUACGAUGAGGAGUAUGGAGGAUUCAGCAAGUUCCCAAAGUUCCCCACACCAGUGAACCUGAAUUUUUUCUUCUCAUACUGGGCGCAUCACAAGACCUCCCCACAGGGUGCCUUGGCACUGCAGAUGGCACUGCACACACUCAAGAUGAUGGCACUGGGUGGGAUCCAUGAUCAUGUGGCACAGGGCUUCCAUCGCUACUCCACAGACUCCACUUGGCAUGUUCCUCACUUUGAGAAGAUGCUAUAUGAUCAAGCCCAGCUGGCAGUGGCUUAUGUUACAGCUUUCCAGAUAUCUGGGGAUGAGUUCUUUGCAGAUGUUGCCAGGAACAUUUUGUGCUAUGUCUCUCGGGAUCUGAGUGACAAGUCUGGGGGUUUCUACAGUGCAGAGGAUGCAGACUCAUAUCCCACAGUGGACUCCACAGAGAAGAAAGAGGGAGCCUUCUGUGUGUGGACCCAAAAAGAAAUCAAGAGGCUCCUCACAGAGCCAUUGUCAGAGGCACCAGAAGCAACCACCAUAGGAGAUGUUUUCAUCAAUCACUAUGGGGUGAAGGAGGAGGGCAAUGUGGCCCCAGAGCAGGACCCCCAUGGAGAGCUGAAAGGCCAGAACGUUCUGAUUGUUCGGUGUUCACUGGAGCUGACAGCUGCCAGAUUUGGCCUGAGUGUGGAGAGGGUGAAGGAGAUUCUGAAACUGGGCAGAGAGAGGCUUGCUAAGGUCCGAGAGCAGCGGCCUCGGCCCCAUCUUGAUAGCAAAAUGCUGUCUUCCUGGAAUGGCCUGAUGAUCUCAGGUUUUUCCCGGGUGGGGGCAGUUCUGGGAGAGAAGGCAUUUGUGGAGCGAGCGGAACAAUCAGCACAGUUCCUAAAGGACCACCUGUGGAACCCAGUUGACAGGAGGAUUCUGCGGUCGUGCUACAAAGGGGAAGGCACAGAGGUAGAGCAGACAGCCUCCCCAAUUUUGGGUUUCCUGGAUGACUAUGUCUUUGUGAUUGCUGGGCUGUUGGAUCUGUAUGAGGCCUGUCUGAACCCUAGCUGGCUGGAGUGGGCAGAAGUGCUGCAGGAAUGCCAGGAUGCACUGUUUUGGGAUAAGGAGGGCUAUGGCUACUUCAGCAGUGAUCCCAGUGACCCUGAGGUGCUCCUGGAACUCAAAGAUGAUCAAGAUGGAGCAGAGCCCAAUCCGAACUCAGUGUCAGCCUCUAACCUGCUGAGACUAUCUCACUAUCUGGGCAGCACAGAGUGGGAAGAACGCUCACAGCAGAUCCUGGCAGCCUUCUCUGACAGGCUCAUGAAGGUGCCUAUUGCCCUGCCGGAGAUGGUCCGAGUGUUGAUGGCACACCACCACACUCUCAGACAGGUAGUUAUCUGUGGCUGCCCAGACUCCGAAGACACUAUGCGCCUGCUCUCCUGUGUGAAUGAACACUUUGUGCCCCACAAGGUUUUGCUGAUGGCAGAUGGCAAUGCUGACAACUUCCUUUACCAGCGGCUGCCUGUCCUCUCCACAAUGGCGCCCCAGGGAGGAAAAGCCACCGCUUACGUCUGCAAGAACUUCACAUGCUCCCUACCUGCCACCACUGCUAAAGAGCUGCACAGACUCCUUCUAGAGUGAGGCCUCUGAGUGACAUCAAUUCUACACAUAUAGAAAAGCACAUCAUUUUGCAAGACCCAAAAAGAGCUUUUAAAAAUAACCCUUGUGAAGAUUAUAAUUUUGUCUGUUUCACUGGGAAAAACACAUGCUGUGGAAUUUGGUAGGUGAAUCAGUAACGUGCCUCUAAGCAAUAGGAGCUAAGCUCCAGGCAGAUUUAUUGAAACGGAGUUUCUCAUUUCUGUCUUCGCCACUUAUUUUGCCUAAGAUCUCAGCUCUUUGCAAUCAAUAUGUGUACUCUCUGGCUACACUGACUUAGACUCUAUUAGAGCUCUUCUUUCUGAGGCUGAUUUGCCACAAGGGAGGGUGCAUGUGCCACUGUCCAGCCUAUAAAUGCCUGUAUACAGAAGGUUUGAAUUCAAUACUGGCUCCUGACCCUUUUCUUUGCGGUUUUGCUAAUAUUAAAAUAAUUUAA